AUGCGAAACAGGUCCAUCCCUCACAUCCUCGGUAUCAACUUCGGGCAGUCCUUUGCCUCCAUUGCUGUCAUAGACAAGGAAGGACACCCAGAAUGUAUCGCCAACGAGGAAGGCGAGCGCCAAAUCGCCUGCGCCAUCUCGUACUCUGGUGAACAGGUCUACAUUGGCAACGGAGCCAAGCCCUUCCUUGUCAAGAACGGCAAGAACACCAUCAUGGGCUUCCGGAAUCUCCUCGGUCACACCUACGAUGAGGUCGACCACACCGCCAUCCUUACCGCUCCCCUCCUCUCUUCCUCCACAACCCCCUCGUACGAAGUCGACAUCCUCGUUCCUCCCCCAAAAGCGCCCGAGAAGGGCAACCGCUCUGCCGCCGCCUCGGGCGCUGCUACCCCUGCCGUUCAGGAGCCUACUGCCGGCAAGAAGACUCUCACCGCACCGGAAGUGACCACCCUUUUCCUCUCUACCCUCUUCACCUCGGCUUCCGACUACCUCGGUGUCAAGCCAACUCACUGCGUCAUCUCCGCCCCUACUUGGUUCGGCCCGGAACAACAGGCUGAGCUUCGUAAAGCGGCCGAGGCGGCGGGCAUUCACGUCCUGCAGGUGUUGGACGAGGCGGCGGCGGUGUUGGUCGGGUACCGCGUGGGUAUGCCAGAAGAGCGCAAAGAGCGGGGACUCCUGGGUCAGCCCGAGGAGGGUGAUGCGGGAGAGGUCGAGAAGACGGACAAGAAGGUCGUGGUGCUGGAUAUGGGAGAGACGAGCUUGAGCGUGUCGGUUGUGGCGGUCAGCAACGGGGAGUACACUGUGCUCGGAAAGGGGCGGGAUGACAAGCUCGGCGGCAGGGAAUUUGACAACUUGCUUCUCAAGCACUUUGCCAAGGAGUUCACCAAAAAGACCAAGACCGCACUUGACGUACCCUGCUCAGAAUCCGCACCCGCCGGCGACAAGCGGGCCGAGGCAAAGCUCCGCCUCGCUGUUGAACAUACCAAGCGGUCUCUUUCCGCCUCUUCCGGUGCCGCCACCUGCGCCGUCGAAUCGCUAAAGGACGGUCUCGACCUCUCCACCUCGGUCAACAGAUUACGUUUCGACAGUCUCGCCGCGCCCGUCUUCCGUCAGGUCGGCGAGCGUUUGCGUCAGAUCGUCAAGGACGCCGGAUUGGACCUUGCUCAGAUCGACGAGGUCCUCCUCGCGGGCGCUAGCACCCUUUUCCCCGGACUGCAGUCCAACCUCGCCCUCCUCCUCGCCCCCACUGCCCCCGUCACCGCCGCCAUUGACCCCAGUCAGGUCAUCGCCAUCGGAUGCGCGCUCCAGGCACUCCACCUCUCCAAGCUCGACAAGGACCUGCAGUUGUCGGAUGUCCUCGCUCUGGCCGACCGGGACGCCGAGACCCUUUCUGCGCCCAUCGGUAUCGCUAUCCCCGGAGAGAAGAGCGAGGUCCUCGCUGCCAAGCUGUUUGAGCAGGGCUCGGCACUCCCAUCGCGUCGUCGUGUCGCUCUCGGUGUCGUAGGCGGAGCAGAGAAGGUCGGUGUGGAGCUGUGGGAAGGCAAGGAGGAGGUCAAGAUCACCAGGGUGCCGGCUCCCCCCGCGGAGGAUGACGAGGACGAGGAAGAGGAAGACGAGGAGAUCAAGGAGGUUGUGCUCAACAAGGGCAAGUUCUUGGGGUACGUCGAGACCGAGGUGAAGGGGGCGAAGGGCGUGCAGAUGGAGGUCAUUGUGCAAAAGGGCGGGAAGGUUGAGGUCAGGUUGUGGGCCGAGGGCAAGGAGGAGGAUGCGACGACAUUGACGAUGUGA